CUUCCAUCACCUUUUCCCAUUUUUCCCCUUUUCUUUACCCUCCCCCUUGGACCUCCUUUCACCCUCCCCAGAGCAUCUUGUGGCUCCGCCCCUUCAUCAGACUCAAUUCGUGCCGACUCCUCUUUGCCCCGCCCGCCGCCGCGGCCGCCACGCCCGGCCCGUUGCUGCCAUGGUAACCGUACGCGCACUUCGCGGACUAACGGAAUCGCCGUAAUCGUUGGUACGGACCUGCGGCCCCCCACAUCACCGGACCACAGCACGUACUAUUCUCCGGGCCGCAACAUUUAGGUCCAUCCACUCUCUCUGCUGUGCCACCUAGCUGUUUCUUAAAACGUUCCCAGCUCACAAGAAAGAUUUCACGCUCUGAGACCAACGUGCAGACAGUCAUGUAUAAGCAAGAUCUGUGAAAAAAAGAUGAAUUUGGCUGAGAUUUGUGACAAUGCGAAGAAAGGGAGAGAAUAUGCGCUUCUUGGAAAUUAUGAUUCUUCAAUGGUAUAUUAUCAGGGGGUAAUACAGCAGAUUCAGAGACAUUGUCAGUCAGUCAGAGACCCAGCUGUCAAAGGCAAAUGGCAACAGGUUCGACAGGAAUUGCUAGAAGAAUAUGAACAAGUUAAGAGUAUUGUCAAUACCUUAGAAAGUUUUAAGAUAGACAAGCCCCCAGAUUUUCCUGUAUCAUACCAAGAUGAACCACUCCGAGAUCCUGCGGUUUGGCCUCCUCCUGUUCCAGCAGAACACAGGGCUCCACCUCAGAUAAGGCGCUCAAAUCGAGAAGUGAGACCCCUGAGGAAAGAAAUACCAGGAGUAGGACCUCGGGGACCUGUGGGCAGAGCACACCCUAUAUCAAAGAGCGAAAAACCCAUCUCCAGUAGGGACAAGGAUUUUAGAGCAAGAGGGAGAGACGACAAGGGAAGGAAGAAUCUGCCAGAUGGUGCAGGUGAUGGGGAAAUUCAAAAGUUUGAUGGUGCUGGAUAUGAUAAAGAUCUAGUUGAAGCUCUUGAAAGGGACAUAGUAUCCAGAAAUCCUAGCAUUCAUUGGGAUGACAUAGCAGAUUUAGAAGAAGCAAAAAAAUUACUAAGGGAGGCUGUUGUUCUUCCAAUGUGGAUGCCUGAUUUUUUCAAAGGGAUUAGACGGCCUUGGAAGGGUGUAUUGAUGGUUGGACCCCCCGGUACUGGUAAAACGAUGCUCGCAAAAGCAGUUGCCACUGAAUGUGGCACAACAUUCUUCAAUGUUUCCUCCUCUACUCUGACAUCUAAAUACAGAGGCGAAUCUGAGAAGUUAGUUCGCCUGUUGUUUGAAAUGGCUAGAUUUUAUGCACCUACAACAAUUUUCAUUGAUGAGAUUGAUUCCAUCUGUAGCCGCAGAGGCACUUCUGAUGAACACGAGGCAAGUCGAAGAGUCAAAUCUGAACUACUCAUUCAGAUGGAUGGGGUUGGAGGAGCUCUAGAAAAUGAUGAUCCUUCUAAAAUGGUUAUGGUGUUGGCUGCCACUAAUUUCCCAUGGGACAUUGAUGAAGCUUUGCGAAGGAGAUUAGAGAAAAGAAUUUAUAUACCUUUACCAACAGCAAAAGGUAGAGCAGAGCUACUUAAGAUCAAUCUUCGUGAAGUUGAAUUAGAUCCUGACAUUCAAUUAGAAGAGAUAGCAGAGAAGAUUGAAGGCUAUUCUGGUGCUGAUAUAACAAACGUUUGCAGGGAUGCUUCUCUAAUGGCAAUGAGACGGCGCAUCCAUGGCUUAAGCCCAGAAGAGAUCCGAGCCCUUUCUAAGGAAGAGCUGCAGAUGCCUGUUACAAAAGGGGAUUUUGAGUUGGCAUUGAAGAAAAUCUCUAAGUCUGUGUCUGCUGCAGACCUAGAGAAGUAUGAAAAGUGGAUGGUUGAAUUUGGGUCUGCUUAAUUUUAAUGUUGUUUUCUCUUUGUUAUAUUGAGACUUAUAUUUUGUUUGUAAAAUGCAAAAGAAAGUAUUAGAAA